AUGAUGGUACAGGAAAACGUGGAUAACUCCAAUCCAGCUCCCGGAGAAUCCAAUGACGGAAAUGUGGAAAUUGCAGUCAGCGAAACCCAACCUCUCCUGAUUUCAGCCGACACAGAUGCUUCUAAGACAACAUUUUCCUCAUUUUCGUCUCGGGAAUGGGGUAUUCUAGUGAUGCUUGCGUCCGCAAAUUUACUCUCCGUUGUUGCUUAUAGUUGUAUAGCUCCUUUCUAUCCCAAAGAGGCCAAGACAAAAGGUCUCUCCGACUUUGAGAUAGGUUUGACUUUUGGAAUAUUCGAGCUGGUGAUAUUUCUGGGAUCGCCAAUAGCUGGAAAACUGGGAAUUCUUCAAACCUGUGGUGGUAUUGGUUUUUCCUUGGGACCAUUUCUGGGAGGGAUGCUCUAUGAUCUGGGAGGAUUUCGGCUUCCCUUCUAUUCAUUGGGAAUGGCAAUGUUCUGCAUUGCAUUUCUGAGUCGACUUUUGAUUCCAGCAGAUUUAGGUCGAAUGCCGUACAGCUGUUGCAGCACGCGAUUGAACGCUCCUCGAUAUCGUUUGCUUUGGAGAAUGGCUGCGCCGCGUUCAUGCCGUGGGCCCGGUUGCGGCGUUCCAUCAUUUGCAAGUCCCUUCGCUCCCGGACCACUACUCAAGCGCGAACUCAAACUUGCCUAG